AUGACCUCUCAGAAGCGAGACUCCCAUUUCACUCAUUUUCACCACGCUCUCAACAUGCCCUUUCAAUCUUCACCUUUGGCUCUCAAUCGGUUCCCAGCUGAGAUACAGAACAUGAUCAUGGCUUUGAUCGAGUCGCAACCCAAAGGCGAUCUGUUCAAUAUGAUUCUCACCUCUCAAGCGAUGUAUGACCAUUUCACUCCGAUACUAUAUCACACACUCAAUCUCAACAGUGACAAUGCCAAGCAGAUAUUUCAUGGUCUUUGUUUAGAUCAUCGAAAGAAGAGAUCAGCCGAUCGUAUGUAUCCGUUCAAGGUAGUCGACUUCCUCAUUCUCAUGGAGAGAAAACAACGUCUACUAAGCGAGUCUUCCGCAAGAAAGACUACUAGUCUCAGACAUACGCGCAAGCUUUUUAUCGAAGAUUCGGCGGGAUUUGAAGUGUUUGUCGAACGGCUCAACCUCACUCAACCCUUGAGACUGCCCUAUAAAUCCCCAGUACUGCCUCGUUUCUUCGGUCGACUGGAGACUAUAUGCUUGGAUUCGUCAGUUAGGGCGUUUCCUAGUGAUCUUUUCACGAAUCUGAAUCAGAGCCCGCUACCUAUCGAGUGGAGGAGGUUACAAUCAUUAUACUGCCAAGAUAUGUGCUUCAAUUAUUGGACUUGUGCCGGUUCCUUCGGCCCUGCGGAGUACAUAGCCCGUCGAACCGUCAUCAUUCACGAGGCGUACUUUGAUAGUACUCUCCUCCAAGUUGAGAUGUCCACCAUCAUUUAUUUUGUCGAUUGCCGUUGUCAAGCCUGUCGGACGGAAAAAAGUGAUUUUUACCGUUCAAAUUCCUGUCCGUUCUCUAAAACCGAUCUGGUGACCUUCAUUGUAGAACGAACCAAGUUGGAUAGGUUACACAAGAGGAAGAUUUUACCGAAACUAACGCUCUACAAUAACCCUCCAUGUACCCUUAAGACCCCUUGGCAAAUUAUAGAGAAAGAAGUCACUCCGGAAUUGAGGCUUGAAUAUCCGGAUGUACCUUCAGAAGAGAUCAACAAUGCCUUGUUUGACUGGGAAGAGAAGUUCGAAGAUUGGAAGGAUGAGCAGAGGAUAGUUCCGCCUUGUGUCUGUUGUGGCAAGAAGUAG